AUGUCACAGGAUUCGAACAAACGUCGCGAGUACGAUUGCUGGCUCAGGGAGCAACAAUAUCGGAAAGAAAAAGGAACUGUUGCGGAGCGAAUAGAGAUCGGUUUCGAAGAAUCAGACCCGAUUUUUGAGUCUUGCCGUUGUGGUGAUUACUAUAACAUUACUUCUGAAGAGAUUUGUCAGAUGUUAUCUACGAAAAUCGUUGUGGUGGGAGAGAGCGGUGUAGGUAAAACAUCUUUUGUCAACGCCUUGUGUGGCAACCCCAGUGCCGACUCCUCGAGUACAAUUGGCGCCUCAAUAGCGAUGGUUUGGCAUGAGUAUAAAGCAGGUACAUCGGAGCAACGAUCAGAAUUGAUGGAGUUAUGGGAUAUCGGUGGAUCGGGAGCUCACCGUGCCGCUUCUGUGGUUUUCCUUGACGGUGCUGCUGGUGCGAUACUAGUGCACGAUUUAAGUAAUAAAAAAAGCGAAGAGAAUUUAUCUCAAUGGCUUUCGUUACUGGAUGGCAAACCGCGCCCAUCUGGGUCAUCAGGUACACGACCGCUUAUGGCAGACAUUGAAUCCUGCCACAUUCCAAUACUAACAGUUGGCUGCAAAUUGGACCUUGCUCCUCACAGAGGGCCUUCCGCCUAUGACAGAUUUUUUGACGAAACUAUUGAACGUACAAAGGCCCCUAUCAACGAACGACGUCGCCGUGUGCAACAAUUCUAA